CCGGCGCUGAGCGCUGCCGGGUCGGGCCGUGGCCGUCGAGUGCCGUGAGGGAGGAGCUGCGGUGGGCGCGGGGAGAGCAGCGGCGGCUCCGGCCCGGCCCAGCGCGGCCCGGCCCGCCCGGGGAGCGCGGCGCCGGCGGGGCAGGUUCAGUACACCUAUGAGUGCCUGGCUGCUCUGCUGUUCCCAUGCCCCAGCACUCACUGCCCUAAGAAGUGAGUUACACAUCGUGGGGUAAGAAACCAAAAGCAACCUGCCCUUAUUGAAUUCUCAAGAACACAGUCAACCCUUUGGUACAUUACCAAGAUGCAUUAGGAAACUGGAUCCGGUGCCAAAAGAACUCCAUGAGUUUCCAUGACUCUCUUGAACUCCAACACCGAUACUUUUGGAUAUAAAUUUCUGUUCUAAGGAGAAGAGUGUGUAGAGCAGCUGCUUGCUGCCAGCUUGCUGGCAGGGGUGUUUCACUAAGAUCAUGGACCAUCCCACUAGGGAUAAGGAUGACAGGCAGCGGACAGCAAAGGGAAUGCCGGGCAGGAGCGGGCACAGCUCCCGGCCGAGCUCGUCAGCGUCUUCUGGCGUUCUUAUGGUGGGACCCAACUUCAGAGUGGGCAAGAAGAUUGGCUGUGGGAACUUUGGAGAGCUCAGACUAGGUAAAAAUCUCUACACCAAUGAAUAUGUAGCGAUCAAACUGGAACCAAUUAAAUCCCGAGCACCACAGCUUCAUUUAGAAUACAGAUUUUAUAAACAACUUGGAAGUGCAGCUGAAGGGCUCCCCCAGGUGUAUUACUUUGGACCAUGUGGAAAGUACAAUGCCAUGGUACUGGAGCUGCUUGGGCCGAGCUUGGAGGAUCUGUUUGACCUGUGUGACAGGACGUUCACUCUCAAGACGGUGUUGAUGAUCGCCAUUCAGCUGAUCUCUCGGAUGGAGUACGUGCAUUCCAAGAACCUCAUCUACCGGGAUGUCAAGCCAGAGAAUUUCCUCAUCGGCCGGCAGGGCAACAAGAAGGAGCACGUCAUUCACAUCAUAGACUUUGGACUGGCCAAGGAGUACAUUGACCCAGAAACCAAAAAACACAUUCCCUACAGGGAGCACAAGAGUCUCACUGGAACAGCGAGAUACAUGUCCAUCAACACACACCUUGGCAAAGAGCAAAGUCGUCGAGACGACUUGGAAGCCCUUGGCCAUAUGUUCAUGUAUUUCCUCCGAGGCAGCCUGCCCUGGCAAGGACUGAAGGCUGACACCUUAAAAGAGAGAUAUCAGAAGAUUGGGGACACAAAGAGAAACACUCCAGUUGAAGUUCUCUGUGAGAACUUUCCAGAGGAGAUGGCCACGUACCUCCGCUAUGUCCGGCGACUGGACUUCUUUGAGAGACCAGACUACGACUACCUGCGCACCAUCUUCACAGAGCUGUUUGAAAAGAAAGGCUACACCUUUGACUACGCCUACGACUGGGUUGGCAGGCCAAUUCCUACUCCCGUGGGAUCUGUCCAUGUAGACUCUGGGACCUCUGCAGUGACAAGGGACAGCCACAUCCACCGGGAUCGACCAUCACAACAGGCCCUUCGCAAUCAGGCGUCAUCGGACCGCAGAGGAGAGUGGGAGAUCCAGCCGAGCCGGCAGACAAAUACCUCGUACUUGACAUCUCAUCUGGCUGCAGACAGACAUGGAGGAUCAGUGCAGGUGGUGAGCUCAACCAACGGGGAGCUGAAUGUGGAUGACCCAACAGGAGCCCACUCCAACGCCCCCAUCACAGCACAGGCCGAGGUGGAGGUGGUGGAGGAAGCUAAGUGCUGCUGCUUUUUUAAGAGGAAACGGAAGAAGACGGCUCAGCGUCACAAGUGACCGGUGCCUCCUGGGCCUUGCAGGAACCACCACACCUGCAGCUCCUGCCCUGUCUCACUGGAAGGGGCUUCUCUUUAGGAGGGAGGAGGAGGAGGCAUAGGAGGAAGAUAGAAAAACAAAAACAAACAAAAAAAAUCCAAGUGACAUUUUAAACCAAAAAGAGAAGAAAACGUUCCAAAACAAACCACUCUGGGGUAGAUCUGCUGAAUGGUCUCCCUCAUUCACUCCAAGCCUGAAGCUCCUUUUGGGACCAGGACUGUGGCUGGCUCAGGUCUUGGUCGCCCUGGGAGGGGGGCUGGCUGGCUGACCCACCUUCCUGUUGUUUACGGCGAAGGCAUUGCGUUGAUGCAAACCUGAGGACUGUGCUUAGUUCCUGCUCACUUUCCUCCCCUCCCUCCCCUGCACUCUGCUCCUCUGUCCUCCUCCCUCCUUAAUUAAGUGAAGAAAUUCCAUAGGCUCAAUUGGCUGUGGAGAGGGCAGGAGGAUGCGGGUGGGAGAAGGGCCUGACUGCUGCAGCAGGAAGAGACAGGUUCUCUCUGUGGCUCCUUGGGAACAGUUACACUGUAAUGUGCAAGCUGUGAGAAAUUUGCAAUCUACUGUUCCAGUUAGGGGGUUUUUUCUGGCUCCCUCGACACCUCCCUCCUCUGACAGUAACAGAGCAGUGUGGAUUGUUUUAAAGAA